AUGGCUCCUUCUAAGGUUACCACAAUGUCAGCUUCCUCCCCUCCUCUAAGCAGGAAGCGAAAGAGUCGUACUGAUUCUCCUAGCAUCCCAAAUGACACUGCCGGUGUCCCGACGUCGCCCAAGACCGUUGCCAAUGGUAUUAAUGGAAAUGGCGUCUCGGAGUUGAAGCAUGUCCCAAAGGAGAUUAUCACCAACAAGACCAUAAUUGCCAAACUGCCAGACUUUGAAAAGCCUGUGAUUCGCACCUUCAACUGCGUCAAGCACGUCCGGGCAUCUCAAUACCCCGAGGUUCUCGGUGCCCUACCAUUUCCCAACGAUCUGAGGGGAUUGGUUGCCUGGACCGAUGCUUUUGUCGAGCGAUUGGGCUGGAAGGCCUUGCAGGAGCAAGAGAAAACCGCUAGCCAAGAGCUGCGCCUUCGCCGCGCAGAAAAGGAGAAAGAGGAACUUAACGCGCGUAUUGUUGGGCUUCAGACAAAACUGUUUGUCGCAGUUGAUGAACGCCACAAGUUGAAGGCCGAAGUUGGUCAUCUCACUACUCGCAACACUUUCCUUGAGAGUCAGAGAAAGCGGGACCAGGACCAGAUCGCGUCCAUGACUGUGACAGUCGCAGAGAAGCAGACCGAGAUCUGGAAUUUGACCCAAGACAAUGAGAAGCUGAAAGCUAGUAUCAGAAGCCUUGAGGAGAAGGUCCAGCAGCUGAUUGCUGAGCAUACUGGAGACGAGAAAGAGAAGCAAGCCAUUAUUGAUGCAUUUGAAACCUGGAAGGCAGUCGAUAAGAAGCACGAUGACGAGGUCGACGCUCUUGUCGAUAAUCUGAAGAAGGAGGUCACAGCUCACUCGGAUGCCAAAUCCAAGGCCGAUGCAGCACUAGCGGAAUCCUUGGCACGACGGGCAGACCUUGAGGCCGAAAACACCAAGCUUAGCACACUGCGCACACAGCUCGAAGCACUUGUCAAUUCCAUUCGUGACCAGCUACAGAAGCUUGAGGCUGAAUUUGGAGUCUCGCAAGGAACGAAUGCGACACUUGAGGCGCUGCUCCGUGAGCUGACAAAGAAGGAGGAGAGUGCUCAGAUUGAGAUCCAGGACCUUCACGGCAAGUUGCACGAUGCUAAGAUCAGUGUUGAGGAGGCCAAGAAGCAGGUUCACGCUGAAAUCGAGCACGCAAAUCUUCACUGGAACGUUCUCGACACCAUCCGUGCUGACGGUGGCUGGUUGCAAACCGGUGAGAAGCAUGCUUGCGAUUGCCCCCCUUUGGCCUUUACCCCUCCUGUCAGCCAGGUCGGUCCCAUUCCUACUCAGAAUCUAGCUAUCUGA